ACAUCUACUGAAACAGAACCAUUCUCAUACAUGCUGCCCACAAUACACAGGUUAUAGUAGAAUAACCCAAAGUAAGGUAACCUAAUGUGAUCAGCUGAAUGACAUGAAUGUUGUUCUUCAGUUUCUUUUACAUAUUUUAAAGCAUCCCAGCGAUGUAAACAUGAUGAACACAAACAUUUUCACCAUAUUUAGAGAGCUGUGGACAGCCUCUACAGGCAUUCAUGUUUUCAAAUGUAAACUGAAGACAAUACAAGGAAAUGGGAAGCCCCCUGUGCCGAACGUUCCAGAAGUUUCUCAAAACCAAAUGAGAAUGUGUUGAACCGCAGCGCUUCACAGCUCGGGUCUGGAAGAGCACAUUUGGUCACCUGGGGCAUAUAAAGGGUAAAUCUGAAGUCAUGGCUGAAGAGAUACAACUCAGAGAAAAGAAGCAGAGAACUCCGCGGUCUGAUGGGUGUGGUCUGAAUAACUUUGAAGCUCUGGAUUUAACUGGAGGUUUGAGGAUAGUGUUGGUGGGAAAAACUGGCUCAGGGAAGAGUGCAUCAGGAAACACUAUCCUUGGGAGAAUUGCCUUCAAAGAGGAUCCGAGCCCUAUGUCCGUGACCACACACUGCCAGACACAGAGUGGGGAAGUGGAUGGGACUUUGGUGCAGGUUAUUGACACUCCUGGCCUGUUUGAUACAGGUAUCACAGAGGAAGAAUUAAAAAUCAGGAUUGAGGAGUGUGUCAAGAUGUCAGUGCCCGGCCCUCACGCCUUCCUCCUGGUAAUCAGGCUUGGAGUAAGGUUCACAGAAGAGGAAAGAAAUGCCGUUAAAUGGAUCCAAGAUAACUUUGGAGACGAUGCCUCUAUGUACACUAUCAUGCUGUUUACGUGUAAAGAUCAAGCUAAAGCCGACAAUGCUCUGAAGGAGUGCAAGGAGCUGCGGAGACUCUCGAUUACAUUUGGACGCAGAUAUCAUGCUUUCAACAACACUGACAUGGACGACCGUGUACAGGUAAAAGAGCUGAUCACCAUGAUCAAGGAAAUGGUACAGGAUAAUGGGGGUAAACACUACACAAAUGAAAUGUAUGAGAAAGCCCAGAGGAAGCUGAGAGAAGAGGAGGAGCAGAGGAAACAAGAGGAGGAAGAGAAGAAAGAGGAGGAAAGGAAAAUGUGGGACGCAGAGAGACAAAAGCAGGAGGAAAAGAAGAACAAGAAGAAGGUGGCUAAAAGAAAGAAUAUACGUGUGGCGUCGGCCGCUGCUGUUGUGUUAGUGCUUGCUGGGGUUGUUAUUGCAGUGGGAGCUAACACCACAGUGGCUCUGACUCUAGGAGCCCCUGUGCUCGUCCUGGGAGUGUUAUGUGGCCUAGCUGCCAUUUUCAUUUGGAAAGGCAUAAAAUGCAAGGCUAAAACAAACCCUCCUGUAUAACAAGAUGGAGCCUAGUGGUAAGGACAUGGUUCAGCGAUAGUUUGUGAUACUGAAUAUAAAUAUAAAUAUUCCAAAUACAGUAUUAGUCUCGUACAUGUUGCUGUUUGUUUGUGAUCACUGAAUGAUUUAUUUGGGUCUUUUUUGCAUUUGUUUCUAAACUAUGAACUAUGGAAUCAAUGUUGCAAUAAAAUAAAUACGUGAAUUUAAAGCUGAUCGUAAAC